CUUUGAAGCGUUUCUCUUCUUCUUUGCGGAGAGAGUUUCUCUAGGAAUCGAGCUUCUUCUUGGUCUGCCCGAUCGGGUCGGCCGAUCCCUUCGAUCUGGAAGGUUGCUAGCGAGCUAGCUGCUGAGCAGCGAGCGAGCAAGCGCAAGCGAGCGAAUUCAUCCAUUCCUCCAUUCAUUGGAUUGACGAAUCGAAAGGAAUGAGAAUGGGUGGCUUCAAGGCGGAGGAGGCGGCGGCGAGCAUCAAGUCCGUGGCGGCCGGCGGCGCGGCGGUGAAGGAGGCGCACUUCCGGGGCGUGAGGAAAAGGCCGUGGGGGCGAUUUGCGGCGGAGAUAAGGGAUCCCUGGAAGAAGACUCGCGUGUGGCUCGGCACCUUCGACACCGCCGAGGAGGCGGCGCGGGCCUACGACAAUGCAGCCCGGGCGCUGCGCGGAGCAAAGGCCAAGACCAAUUUCACCCCGCCCUGCGAUGAUCAGAGCACCAGCCAGAGCUCCACCGUGGAAUCUUGGAGCAGUCCCAAGUACGAGCAGCAGCACCACCACCACUUGAUCCACCACCGCCCUCCUCCGCCGCUGGCGCUGCCCGUCGCCAGCGAUCUCUCGUCCUGGAGGGGGCCGAGCAGGAUGAUUGGAUCCGGGCGGGCCUCCAGCGUUGUGGAUCUGAAUCUAGGAAUGCCCGACCUCGCCUCGUCCAUGAUCCAGAUCGUGGACGAUGGCCAGCACCAGCACCAGCACCAGCAGCAGCGCUAUCACCCAUCAGUCCAGACCGGAGGAGGCCACGAAUCCGCCAUCUCCACCAUCACAAGCUUCCGCCCUUGCCGAGGCCCAUUCGAGGCCAUCCCGGUGGCUACUCCACUCCACUUCCUCCACCACCAACAUCCCAUCUGCUCCUCCGCCAACAACAGCGGCCAUGGCAUCAAGCGAUCCUUGAUCAUCCCCCAGGCGCUGCCGGUGGAUUCCUCGCCGCCAUCGCUCCCCCUCGCUCGCCAGGCUUUUGCUCCCGACGCCAAGAAGAUGAGGACUGGUGCUACCACCCACAACACUAGUUCUUCGUCGGCCGUGGCGCUAGCGGCGCUGGAUCAUCACCACCAUCAGGCAGCGUGGCUCGUCAAAUCUUCUCCUUGCUUGCAGCCACAAGAGCCGGAGCAGCAGAAGGCGAUCCAGCAGAGCUCCACAUAUCAGAGCGACUGCGAUUCCUCCUCGUCCGUUAUCGAUGCCGAGGCAGCUCCUCCGGUAUCCACCAAGCCGCUUCCAUUUCUCGACUUGAAUCAGCCUCCGCCUUGUUCCGAGGAGCCGCAAAUCGCUGCUCCUGCCAAGCUCAUGCAUCUGCUCACAUGAUCUAGCAGCAGAGAGUCGAGAGAGUGAGAUGAAUCCAUUCACGCAUCCUGUAGGUGCCGUGAGGAACAGAAAGAAGAAGAAGAAGAUAAGAUGGUUGUUCUUUUCCUUCUAAUCUUCGUUUGAUCGAUGGAUCGAUCGAGAGGCCAUGGCUGGCUGGCUGGCACACACACAAACGCGUUUGUCUUGUAAAGAUUUAUGGUUUCUCCUUGAAAUGCAAAGAGACUGUGUGUCUCGGAUUGA